GUCAUACAAUGAAUCCAACUUCCUCCCGAGCCGCGGUGCGCUCUAUGGCCACCCUGACACAUGCGGCCAGAGCCACCCCCGCAGCUCGCAGCGUUUUGUCGCCCUUUGCUACCCGGUCUCUGAGCUCUAAUACCCGUCAAUUCGCUCAGUUCCCCCGCCUUCAAUCCUUGAACACUUUCUCCAACAAGCGAGCCUUUGGAACUACCGUCAGAAUGUCUGUUGACGCUCGUACUGAGAGCGAUGCCUUUGGUGAGAUCCAGGUCCCUGGAGACAAGUACUGGGGUGCGCAGACCCAGCGCUCCCUGGGCAACUUCGACAUCAACCAGCCUCAGGAUCGCAUGCCUGCCCCAGUGAUCAAGGCCUUCGGUAUCCUGAAGGGUGCUGCUGCUGAAGUGAACAUGAAGUACGGUCUUGACCCCAAGAUUGGUGAAGCUAUCAAGCAGGCCGCCGCUGAGGUCGCUGAGGGUAAGUUGCUGGACCACUUCCCUUUGGUCGUCUGGCAGACCGGUUCCGGAACCCAGUCCAACAUGAACUCCAAUGAGGUUAUCUCCAACCGUGCUAUUGAGAUCCUCGGUGGCACCAUGGGCUCCAAGAAGCCAGUCCACCCCAACGACCACGUUAACAUGUCCGCCUCCUCCAACGACUCCUUCCCCACCGUCAUGCACAUCGCUGCCGUUGUCGAGAUCGAGCAGUCCCUUCUGCCUUCCCUCAAGGCCCUCCGCGACGCCCUCCAGGUGAAGGUCGACAAGUUCGAGCACAUUAUCAAGAUCGGCCGCACCCACUUGCAGGAUGCCACUCCCCUUACUCUUGGCCAGGAGUUCUCUGGCUACGUCGCCCAGCUCGACCGUAACAUCGAGCGUGUCCAGGCCACUCUUCCCCACCUGCGCUACUUGGCCCAGGGUGGUACCGCUGUCGGCACUGGUCUCAACACCUUCAAGGGCUUUGACGAGGCUGUCGCUGCUGAGAUCACCAAGCUGACCGGCACCGAGUUCAAGACCGCGCCCAACAAGUUCGAGGUUCUGGCUGCCCACGAUUCCAUCAUCGAGGCCUCCGGCUCCCUCAACACCCUGGCUGCCUCCCUCUUCAAGAUCGCCCAGGAUGUGCGCUACCUGGGAUCCGGCCCUCGCUGCGGCCUGGGCGAGCUGAGCCUGCCCGAGAACGAGCCCGGCUCUUCUAUCAUGCCCGGAAAGGUCAACCCCACCCAGUGCGAGUCCCUCACUAUGGUCUGCUCCCAGGUUAUGGGUAACCACGUCGCUGCCACCAUCGGUGGCAUGAACGGCCAGUUCGAGCUUAACGUCUUCAAGCCCGUGAUGAUCUCCAACCUGCUCCACAGCGUGCGCAUCCUCUCUGAUGGCAUGAACAGCUUCCGUUCCCACCUGGUGGAGGGUCUGGAGGCUAACGAGGGACGGAUUAACUCCCUUCUCAACGAGAGUCUGAUGCUCGUGACUUGCCUGAACCCUGUCAUUGGUUAUGACAUGGCCUCUAAGGUGGCCAAGAAUGCCCACAAGAAGAACCUUACUCUGAAGGAGAGCGCUAUGGAGCUCAAGGCCCUCACCUCGGAAGAGUUCGACCAGUAUGUCCGCCCCGAGCUGAUGCUGGCUCCCAAGGAGUUGAAGUAA